UCCUUUGCUGGAUGGAAAUGCCAAGUGCAGGACAGUUCAGUGAACGAUGUGGACUACUUCAGCUUCUUGUUUUCGACACUUACGGGAUUCUCUAAAGAGGAGUUGACUAGCCUUCAGAGCAUUAAAGGAAAACCUCACAUUAGUCAGACACAGCUUUCACCUGUCCAUCUCUACCUGACUGAUCUGGACCAAUUUUUACACCACUGGGCUGUGACAGAGGUGGUAUGUCACAGCUUAUCUACUAUACCUUCACGAAGUCAGUGUUUUGACAUCCUCCAGAAUGGUAUCUGUAAAUAUCUGGUUGGACUGGCUGUAAUACCUGAUAGCACAGCUGGAUCUGUUUUGUGUGCCAUGAGUAAGCUCCUGGAUCAAGCUUGCAUCCUUAGUGAAAAUCUACACAAGUUUCUAGCCUCUUGCUGUUAUAGUCUUCUUUACUUCCUGUUAACGUUAGACAAAGAGGAUGCAGAACAUGUGCGGAAGAGGGACACAUUAUGGGGAUCGUGUAUUUCAGUGCUAGCUCUCGUGCCACGAGUGUUUAGGUUGAUGCUGCAGAGUCUUCAAGUGAGCAGGGCCUGUCGGGAAGAACUGCCUGUCAUUGGUCAGUUGUUGCGUUUGCUAAUGCAGCAUGGACAGCUCAGGAGUCACAUGGUGACAAGUGAACUUCUUGUGCAACAGAUUGUCAAGGAUAUUAUGACAUUGAAGAGUGGUGAAGUCCAAGAGCAGUGGCUAACAGACCUCCAUUACUGUUUCAACAUAUAUCUUGCCACACAUCCACAGGGACCCGGUGCUAUUAGCACAGAAUAUUGAAGAAAUGAACAUUGUACAUCUGCUUUGAAGUGUUUACUUCCAUUUAAUUCUGAAAGGAAAAUGUUGGGCCAAUGUUUGUUACAAAAAAAUUUUAAAUGGAACUUUAAAUAAAUUUUUUUUCAUAAAAUCUGUUUGUACUACUUUCUUGCUUCAAGACCAAAGUAAUGUAACAUUGCAGUGAAAGUAGGUUGGUAAAAACUGACUGCAGGAGAGGAUACGCUGAGGAAGUGAAAAUAUUAAAUGCUGUCCUUGUGAUGUGGAGAGCAUCUCCUUUCUUUAUUGGAUUCUGGUAUUGACUCCAGUCAUUUUCCAUUAUUUAUAACAACAUUGAAAUGAUUUCAUUGUGUAAUAUAUAAUGCAAAAAUACUACUCCAUGCUUUUUAAGGUGGAAUAACAGUAUUUUGGAUAUUUAUUCUUUACUACGUUUCUAUUUUUUAUAUUUAAUAAAGUCAAAAUAAUAUUCAACAUGCUUAGGACAAAAGUUUAAAAAAGGAACAUGUUAUAUAAUUUUUUUCUUCUUACAUGUGCACCAAAGUGAUCCCCUUGUCUGCCUUUCAGUUUCACUUGUGAAGUCAAUGGCAAAACUCCAGCUGACAUCAGUGGGAGAAGGCCCCAUGAUGUGUGUGUCGAUAUAUAGUGACAAUUUCACUAACAAAGAAAUUUACUUUGUUUUGAGGGGAGAGGGUGAAGUGGUGAAAUCCUGGCCCCACUGACUUCUAUAGGGCCAGCCUUUCACUCUAGAAACUUAACAAUUAACAUGGUCCUUUCUUUGAGUCACAAUUUCUAUCUAACACAAUGUUCCCUGUUAGUGAAGAAGCACAGCACACAGGUUGCUGUUGAGCAGAUGCACUCCUUCCUAGUGGAGGCUAUAUUUUCGGAUACUUAUUACAGGUAACUGCAAAGCUUUUGGUACUCUGAAUUUGGGGUAAAAUGAGACACUGACAAAGAUUUUCUAAAAUAGUUAACCCUUUAAUAUAACUGGCUCCGCACAUCUACCGUGUGAUUAGAGCAGUUUGGAAAAAAUGAUUUUAGUUCCACAGGAAAUUCCAAUACUUCAGCAUUUGCUUUCAUCCCAAAAAGUAAAAUCAAAUUUUUGUGGGAUGACAAGUUCUGAGAAACUUUGCCUUGGAACUAUCGAAACAAAAACUUGCAUCAUUUUUUGACUAAAAUAAAAAAUUGACAAUUUCA